GCAAAAAAGCAAAGUCCAGAGUAAGCUAAAGUGAAGAAAACAAUGGAAAAGGAAAUAGAAUAGCAGAGUGAACAGAAAAAAAACAGAGCUCAGUGCAGGGAAGACACUGAAGGAGGAAAUAAAGAAGAAAAAGAAGAAGAAAGCAGUGGUCCCAUGGCCUGACCACCCCCUGAAACACUGAAGGAGGAACUAAAGAAGAAGAAGGCAGUGGUCCCAUGGCCUAACAACUGCCUGAAACACUGAAGAGGAAAAAGAAUUGAAGAUUUCUCAGAGGAGCCCUCAAAACACCUUAGAAGAGUAGACAUAAGGACUCGAAAGAAGACAUAAGAAGUGAUAGAGUCAAACAGCUCUAAUGAAGACAGUCUUCCUUGGCGGUGCACUCCUUGACCGCUGCAUUAUUAACAUUAUGGGUUUACGCGUCGACAUCACCAGUAAAAAAGCAAUUUAAUUUACUUGGACAGCAUUUUGGUCGUGACCUUAUGUACUUGUGGUGAUAGUUUUCAUAACAUCGAGGAGUGAAAUGGAGGUGCAGGUUGAGUAUCUGUCCUCAGGGAUCAACCAGACGCCUCUUGGAAUAAACUGGGGCCCUGAUGACAUGGUGUGUAUGGCAGCAAGUACAGGUGUGCUGUUGUAUGACCCAAAGCUUGGAACUGUGACUGGGGCCAGUACAAAGCAGCACACGAAGAGGGUGACCUGUGUGCGGUGGGUGCGGCCGACACCAAGUGGAGGUCCUGUCAUAGUCUCUGGUGGUGCUGAUGGCAAAGCUGUGUUGUGGACUUUGUCAAAAGAAAAGACAGAGAGUCUUUUGGUCCUCCAUCCAUCUUCUGUUUUAGAUCAUGAAGACCUGGUGACUUUGGUUGAUGCCACCAUCCUCACAGUUGAAGGGAAAGAGAUGAUUUUCGUCAUGACAGCAACAACAGACUGCAUAACUACAUGGCUUGUUUGUCAAGAGUCAGGAAAAUGUGAGAAAUUGCAUUCAUCUGCCACCCCUGGAAAUGUUUUUCCAAUGAGCCUGAAGUUAUUUGAGGUUCCUGGAUCAAAAUUCCCUGUCUUAAUGUUUGGUGGACAUGACGCCAAAAUACACAUUAUGGCAGCUGCUGAACUUGGAAUAUACCAGCCAGUGUGUAAAUUAUCUGGCCAUGAAGACUGGGUCACAUCAUUGGAUGUCUUAAAAGAAGAUGAUGAGGGACUUUUGUUGGCAAGUGGCUCCAAAGACUCAACAGUAAGGAUAUGGAAGAUGUCUGCUGUAAAAGAAAAGGACCAAGAGCAAGAGACGUGCAUUACCUCAAAGGAAACGGAGCUGAAACUAAAAAACAUAACAUUUAAUAUACCCUCAAGAAGUGAAGAUAUUUUAAUGCAAGUCUUGCUUGAUGCUGUCUUGGCAGGGCAUGAAGGGCUGGUCUCUGAGGUGUGCUGGUCCAGACCUACACUAGACGAUAAGCAACAAGCAACUUACAAGCUCUUGACCUGCUCCAAGACUCAAGACCGGUCCAUCAUUGUUUGGGAGCCUGACAAAACCAGCCCAUCUGGCAUGUGGCUGGAGGUGGCGCGGCUCGGGGAAGUCGGGGGUAACAUGGAGGGCUACUACAGCUGUCAGUUUAAUUCCAAUGGAUCUGAAGUGUUGGGAUGCAGCUAUCAGGGAGAUCUACACUUAUGGAGGCAGCAGGGUGGAGUCUGGCAGCCCUGCGUGGUGGUCGGAGGACACUUCGAUCAGGUGGCAGACAUAUCCUGGGAUCCAUGUGGCCGGUAUCUGCUGUCAGCCAGUAAGGACCAGACUACUCGUCUUCAUGCUGGCUGGAAAACUGGAACUGAGGUGGUUUGGCACGAGGUUGGCCGGCCUCAGGUUCAUGGUUAUGACUUGGCGUGUGUUACUACUCUGGGGAAAUAUAAGUUUGCCUCGGGAGCAGAAGAAAAGGUUGUACGUGGCUUUGCAGCUCCUGCAAACUUCAUCCGCAACUUUGGCAAAAUCUGUGGUUUUGAUAUUGAGGAUGACUUAGCUACUUGUGAAGUUGGUGAAGGUGCUGCUGUCCCUUCACUUGGCCUCUCCAACAAGGCUGUGACAAUGGCUGACCUGCAGGAAGAGUAUCAAGUGAAGGCAGAAGGUAGAGAAGAAGUGCAGGCCUACUUCAAACCUCUCACGCUCUCAGCUCCACCUACAGAAGACCAACUUCAGCAGAACACCCUUUGGCCUGAAGCUGCCAAACUCUACGGCCAUGGCAAUGAUCUUUAUGCCAUUGCUGCUACGUCUGAUGGCUCUCUCCUGGCAUCAUCUUGCCGGGCAGCCAAUAACUUAGAUGCUGCCAUUAUUCUCUGGGACACAACAACGUGGCUCAAAGUGGACACCCUCACUAAGCACCGCCUCACUGUCACUCAGCUGGCCUUCUCCCCAGAUGACCAAUACCUUUUGUCAGUUUCUCGGGACCGAACUUGGGCUGUCUUCACACGGACAGAAGAUAACAAAGGUAUAACAUAUAGAUUAUCAGACUCCUCAAGCAAGAAGGAAACUAUGCAUUCCCGCGUCAUUUGGUCAUGUUCGUGGCUGCCAAACUCAUCCCAUUUUGUGACGGCCUCCCGAGACAAGACUGUGGCUGUGUGGGGCUUGGGUGAGUCAGGCUGGUCCAGGAAGGCUCUCCUUAAUGAAGUGGAUGAAGUAACGGCCGUGGCAGCAACCAAGCUCCAGAACAGUGACAGUGUUCUCAUAGCAACAGGUUUGGUGGGAGGAGACAUUCACCUGAGAGAAUACAACCUUCCUGAAGCAGUGUUUUCCUCUGCAGUGGUGAAAGUGACACACAAACAUCAUGACGUUGUUAGGCGUUUGGCGUUUAGACCAAUGUUUAAUGGUACUGCUGAGGGUAGAUAUUUGGCUUCUUGUUCCAAUGAUAAUAGAGUUCAGAUAUAUAGAAUAAACAUUUAACCUUUUUGUAUUUUCACACUGCAUUCUACCAUUUUACCUAACUUAAAAGUUGGGAACUGCAUCCUAUGAGUGUGUGGUCCUUAACAUUGUCUCUUGUUUAUACAAUUGAAUACAAAUGCAUGUAGCAACAGUUUUCCAAUUGUAUGUAAAUUCUUCAUGUGGAAAAAAUCCAUGAAACUGAUGUCUUAUGUAAUGAAUAUAUCAGUAAAUUGUUUUACUUGAAAGACCAUAUUUCUCUUUAAUGCACUCCCAUUACUGCCAGCCAUGUAAGUUGCACAAAUUAUUCUUUUAAAUGUAAUAACUUGUAAUCAGUGUCAUAAAUGGAAGGCUCACUGAACACAUACAUGUCUGCUUAUUAGCCACAGAACUUUAGUUUUAGCUCACUCUGGGAAAAUUCCAACCACAGGCUAUUGAAGAGAGGAACUUGGGAAUAUCAGCCAGGGAUGCAUAGUUUGGUCAGUCCAGCAUUACUGAACAUACUGUGGCACCAUAAUAUGCAUAGAUACAAACCUCAUCACAGGUCAUGUAGAGGAUCAGGUGCUCUUGAGACCGAAUUCUUUCUUUUUCUUAACUGAUGCAGGGCAUGGAGGGAGAAAAAGGUACUUUGGAGCUAAGUCUGUCCUUCAGUGUUAUUGGGCAUGUUACAGUAGUGUACUUUGUUACAGUAGUGUACUUGAAAUGAUGAUAAUAAUAAUAAUGAUAAUAAAUGUAAUAAUAUAU